AUUCCCUUUUCUAUCACCCAACCCACAAUAAAUUUAGCAAAAAGUAUUAUAAAAUGUAUAUGUAAAGCAUUAUCAUCUCUAUCAUACACAUAUAUAUCUAGUGAGGAAACCUCUUUCAAGAUUUGGUGGAUCAUUCAAGAAAUACACACAUCUUCAAAACAAGAAUUGAAGAAGACAAUGGAAGAUCCAAGAAAGAUCAUGAGAAGAUCAAUCCACACUUUCUUACAACACUACCACCGUGUCACCACCGCAGCCGCCAUUGCUCUCCCUUUCUCUGCCGCUCUCCUCCUCUCUCAGCCCUUCUUCUCUUCUUCUUCUUCCUCCAUUUACAUGAAGCUAAACACUCUCUUCCGUGGUGCUGGUUUCUCUUCUUCUCUUGGUUUCUUCAACAUCUUAAGCCUUAAACUCUCACAAACACUCUCUUCUUCUUUGUUCACUCUCCCUUUCUCCCUCACUUUCAUGCUCUUCUCCAAAGCUUACAUCAUCAAGCUUCUCUCUGGAGCUUCUUCUGUUUACUACUAUCGUCUCCUCAGAACUUACAUUUGCAACUCUUUCUUCCUCCUCUCAGCAAACGCCUCUGCUUUUGCUCUGUUCUUCUUAGCAUUCAACAUCCUAAACUCCUUUGGCUUCUCUUCAAGAAACUUCUACACUCUCUUCUCCUUAUCCUCAGCCCUUAUCUACUCAAUCAUCAUCGCAAACGCAUUUGUCAUCUCCAACUUAGCCUUGGUUUCAUCACCCUCCUCCUCCUCAGGAGGAUACGCAACUCUUCUCAAAGCAUGUCUUCUCAUUCGCGGAAGAACUUCAACAGCAUUAGCUCUUGCUCUGCCUACUAACCUCAGCUUAGCUGGUGUUGAAGCUUUGUUUCGAUACAGAGUAAUGAGAUCAUAUUACAAAGGAGAUAGAGAUGUCACUUUAAUAGCUAUUGAAGGAACGUUCAUAGCUUACUUAUAUGCUCUCUUCUUGGUUCUUGACACUAUAGUCAACUUCUUUUUUUACCAAAGCUGCGUCAAGAACGAGGAGGAUGAGAAGAUUGGUGGAGAAGAUGAGUAUUUGGUCAAGAUCCAAAUAUGUGAUACAGAGAACACUAAGAUAUGCAUCAAAGGACCAAAGAGUUUAUUUUAGUCAUUACAUUUUUUUUUAUCUUUUGCUUAUUUUGGCAUCUUGUAAAGUUACAUACCAGAAACUAUAAUCAUUAAUCAAUGCCAAUCUUGGAAUUCACGUUUGGUUAAAAUCCUACAGUAGAAUUUCAUUGCCGACAUAAUAUGUAUGAGGUGUAUCACUAAGCAAUGAUUUAAUUACUUGUUUAAAUUAAUGAAGAUGUUGUCAAGAUUCACAGUAACGAGAGCAUAUAUUAGUUC